GCAGUCUUGUUACAAAUGUCAAUUGUGUGAAACGUAAUUAUUUGUGGAAAAUAAAUGAUAUUUCGUAUUUAUUAUCAAUAUUACAGUGUUCCUUAGCAGUGUCGACACAAUAUUAACACAUACAAUUCAAUAUACUCGGAGCGGUCAUGUGGAAAGCUGUUGAUAUCGAGUGUGUCAGUCAUCAAUAAUAAACAUAUUCUUUAAAGUGAAGAAAGGAUAAAUAGCCAUCGAAAUGUUACAAGACGAUGAGUUUGAGGAGUUGGUGAACACUCCAGAAAGAAUAAAGGCUCUGGGUUUCAAGCCCCAGAAGGAAAUAUUGACGAAUCACUUAACACCAUAUGCUGACAAGCUCGAUGAAGAAUCCCAGGUGUUCCUCGAACAGGUCAAAACAAACCUGGCCAAAUCCGUCAUGCUUCGAGAAAUGAAGCCAGCAUGCGGAGUUUGGACGUCUAGACUUAUGAAGUAUCUAAGAAUAUAUGGAUUUAAAUUCGGUAAAGAAGAUCAUAUAAGCUUUGUGAAAUUGACCUAUGAAUUGUUGCUUAUCCCAGAUCUAGAACCAAAUAAAAUCAAUAAAUUUGCAACACUAUUUUUGAUGCUCACAAGGAAAAAGGAUCUUAUUUCUCCAAAAGAACUGACAUUGCCUUGGCGUCCACUUUAUGAACUUGGAAUAAAAUUAUUUCAUAAAAAUUCUUCAGCUCUGGGAUUGUUUCACUACCACACGCGAAAGAGAACUGAGAGUCAAGAGGGAGUUAUGAUAAACAUGAUUAAAAAAUAUAUGUCCGGAUCUGGUCUCGACAGUAUGCUUGCAUUAUUUGGGCUGCAGAAACCGGAUGACACAGAGUGUCCGAUGUCCUUAGAGAGUACAUACACAAUGCUGGUUCGAAGUGCUCAGUCAUACUUCGAGUUGGAAGCAACUAAGGAGAUACUAGAAGAACUUCUGCCUCGAGUUAACCCGUGGGCGGCGGACGGGGAGGUGAUCACGAUAUUAGCGACGUUCAUCCCGGUCGGCCUGCCGCUGAGCCUCGCCGCCCACGGCCACGAGCUGUGGUUCGACAAGAUCAUGACGCUGUGGGACACAUGCUAUAACGCCCACUGUGGGACAUCUGACCUGCUGUCACUGUUCGCUGGGCUAGCCAAGAGGAACCCUGGCGCGGUGGACUGGACUCCGCAUGUGCCGAAAAUGUUCAUGAGGUUCCUACACGCCCUCAACCUACCCGUUAGCUACAAAGACAUGCAGUAUGCUAGAAAUCAGCCUCUUGGCAUCAAACACAUGGCCACAUGGAUCGCUUGCACUAUCAACCCCGAUGGAGUGGUUCUGAAACAUCUGAGGUCAUUCCUUGGAGGCAUAGAGAGCUACCUGCACAGCGCCAACUCGGGCAGAUGGUCCUUCAAACUCAGAGACCUCCUGCGAAAGUUGACUAAAGAGUUUCUAAGCAGGGUGCGUCGGGAGCGCGAGAAGAAUUUCAAAAAACAUUACCCGAAAACUAGGGAAGAUUACAAGCUGCGGGACGAGGAUAUAACGGAGUUUGUCUCGAUCGUACUGGAGCCUACUCUCCAAGCCGUGAACAACCGGAGCGGCACCCUCGACAUUUCCGUGGCGCUGCAGAACUUGGCCAUACUUAGACCUGACAUUGUUGUACCACCACUCGUGGACAGACUGAAGACUUCGUUGACGUCACUGACUGAGCCCCAUAGAGUGACUGCAGCCAUGUCCGCAGUGGGGGCGGUCGCUCGUCCCAUGCUGCGCGGCCCCCACGCGAACUAUCCCGAGGGCCCGACCCACGUUGUCCCACUCCUGAUGGCCGUUCUCCCCGGUCUCGACCCCAACGACAUGAAGAAGACCCUAGUGACGCUCCACUUCAUAUUCAUAUUCAGCGACAUGAUCCAGUUCAUAGACUGCAGCUCCGCGCACGAGCACUGGCAGGACCUGACAGAAACGGAGCUACUAGUCUGCGAGUCGACGGCGCAGUUCGAAGACUUCAUACUCAUAUUCCUAGAUAGGCUGUUCGUUAUUAUAGAGUCAAGCGUCCACGAGCAGGUACGUUUGGACACGAAGGAUACCGAUCUGGUGCGAAGCAAGACCGAUGCCGUCAUGGAAACGGCGAUUUCGGCCGCGGCGACAUCUGUCCUUAUGCAAAGUUCCCCGAAAAUAUUCAAGGAGGCGCUCAGGAAAUUCAAGGCUUUCGCGACGGAAUCCACGUUCGAAACCAACGUGUCGGGGAGCAUGGUCGGGCUGCUUUUAAGAUCUUUUGCGCGAGUCGACGCUGAAUCCACUCUAGCAGCAUUCGUGCCCAAAUUGUGCGAGGAAUUGCAGGAGCUAGUGUCUACGGAUGAGGCUCUAAAAGAGGAGAAUCCCUCUCGAGACCUCGUCUACAGAAUAGUCCUACUGCGCAAUGUAGUAGACUGCGAUGGAACGGUGCUCCUGAAGUAUAUGCCUCAGAUCCUGCCGGUCAUGGAUCGAAUACUCAAGCUUCACUCCAGUUACUCCUUAAACCGAGCCUGCAAGGUCCUCAACCAGCUGUUCGCGAGUCUGUCCCGCAUCGAUUUAAACGAGUGGAGAAGCUCGUCGAAUGACUACAAUACAGCCCCAGAAAAAUGGCUUCCAGUCAGGGAAUGGGGAAGUGGAUGCAUGCUGAAGGAUGCCAAUCUAAAAUGGCACGUGCCCAAUGCUGAGGAAGCAGCCUGCGCUCAGAUGCUGUCGGAUAGGUACCUCAAGCCGGAAGUGGAAAGGUUGAAGCAGUGGCUGAGCGGGGAGAGGAGUAUGUGCCGGGACCGCCGGUUAAGGUGCUUCCACAUUAUAAACGCAGUCACCUCGUGCAGCAAUUUCCUGCCUCAGCCGGACGAUACGCCAAUUACUUUCUUCGAGUCUCAAGUCCCAGCUACAACGUUCCCUCUCGCUCGGGGAACGCCAUACUCUAUAACGCUAGACGGAGAGAACAUGAGGGUAGCCCUCACCGAGCUACUGCUCAAAGUACAAGACCGCAUGUUGCAAGACAAGACUGAUGAUACUAAAGGCUUGGAGCUGCUUAUUUUGGCAUGGGAGCGCGUAGUAGUAACACGUAUGCGGGCGAGUCCCGGCUACGAGACGCGUCUCCGCUCGUUCGGCGUACUAGAGCGCUCGCUCGAGGGGCGUGGCGGGCGGGAGGCGGAGGGGGAGGGAACGGCCCGACUGCGUGUAGUACUCGCGGACGGCGCGAGACUGCAAGAGGAUGCAAGAUUGGAACUGAUGUGCGAUGCAGGAUUACCGCUUACUGUGCAUCGCGCGUUACUGGCGCUGCUCGACUUAGCUAUCAACACGUAUAGCUCGGUGCGUGUACUAGCUCAACUAAGGAUAUACUGGAUAUUAAACCACUACCCGUACUCGUAUCGGGCUCUAGUAGACAAAGUCGUGGACCUAAUCUCCGAGAGCGGGGAAGGAGAGGAGUGGCAUUCCCGACGCAAAGGUGCCUUGUUCCUCAUGCUGGGGCCCAAAGCUGGGCCCAUCGUGACUAAACCGGACUGGGAGGCCGUCAAGGCUCUUUGGCCCGCUGUGCUGAAGUCACCAUUGAGCGAGAAGCCGAGUAUAAUCAGACUAGAACAAGCUAUAACGGAAGCUAUACACCGGUGUUUCAUGACGAUGAACACUCGUCUCACCAUGACGCAAUCAGCCAUAGAUGCUGCUAAAUUGCUGUUGAAGGAGGCUGACCGGACCGACCCGGUGUUCACACAACAGAUAGCUAAGGCUGUGGACAUAGAGAAGGCGUACUCAGACAGAAUGGAAAACGCCUACUUGGACCUCGUCAAUGAAAUUGUUAGUGUAGCUGAAUCUUCUAAUGUGCAAUGGCGUCGCCUAGAGCUAGCGGCACAGAUGCUGAUGUUCCUUCCGCAACCGCAAACUUCGUUCCCCGCGCGCGCCGUGCGUCUCAUCCUACGAUUGCUUAUACACGACGACAUCGCCGUGCGUCGCGCCGCAACCAACCUCACACUAUACGUCCUCAAGCAACAGAAACGCAAGAUCAAGAAGGUGGACGCUGACCCUUAUGAGAUCGCGGGAGUGACCCGCCCCGAGACGCCUGUUCCUGGAUAUAGAAAAGACUUGGAGUGGUCGAUGUGGCAUAAAGAUAGUGAGACAGUCACUGAAGAAGAUUGGAACAAACCGUGGCUACGACAUCCUUACUACGGAUUCUACGCGUGGCCCAAGACAAUCAAAGUGACUUCACCGCCUAGUGAGCAAGAUCUAGCGAUAGACUUGCCCCGGGAGAAGAUGACAGAGGAGGAACAGCACAUAUUCGACUUCUUCAGCGACGAGGCAAAUGUAGACAAACUUGUGUCGUUCCUGACUGUUGAGGAGAAGAAAGGGAAGGACAAGUUCAACGGAAUACGCUAUAUCGUGUUCAAGAUGGUAUUCGCCCACUUCGGCAUGCGUGUAGCGGAACGUUUCCUGCGCGCUGCGGAGCGCCACGCGGCGCUGCGGGAGGAGGCGUCGCAGCGUUUCGCGGCGGAGAUCACGACGGCCGCGCUCACCGCGCCCCGACACCACCCGCACCGCGCCGCUACUGAUAUGAUGGAUGCAGCGCUGCGAACGCUCACCAUAGGUCUUAACUCAGUAACGCCGGAGACAAUGGAGGAGUGGGGUACAUGUGUAGCUACGGGCGUGGAGCGGCUGUGUCCGCGCCGCGCCGCGCCCGCCCUGGCGGCGCUACUGCGGGCGAGCGCGCCGCGUGAUACACCCGACACUGAUGCGGACGGCUCAUUCCUAAUAUGUGCGAGGCUGUUUGCACUACAGGGAGCGUUUAGUUCACUAUCGUGGCGGCUGGCCCCGCUCGCGGCGGAACUACUGAAGACGCUCGAGGCUACGGACUUCAUACAACACCCCUACCAGAACGUUCGAGAGACUGUUGGAAGUUUACUGAUGACGAUAUUUGACACUGAACUCACAUUCCCGGGCGGCGAGAGUGGACCGAACCCGCGACUAAAAGAUUUUCUUGCUUCCGUCAUUCCCAAAUUUGCUGCCCUCUACGACGAAAACGGAGAUAUCGUGAUCGCGAGCGCGUCGCUUCCCGGCGGCGGGGCGGGUCGCGCGGGCGUGUCCGGGGGCGUGGCGGGCGAGGUGUGCGGGGUGGCGCCGCCGCCGCGCGUGCACGUCGCGCACCUGCCAGCUGCGACCAACACGGACACUACAGCGCCUCAGACAGAUGAAGGCGAGGAGGAGGAGCGAAGCGUGUGCGGCGCGGGGGCGGUGGGGCGGGGCGUGUGCGGCGCAGGUGGCGCCGGCGCGGGGGCGGACAAGCUAUCGGACCGCCUGCACACCGCGCUGCGACUAGCCGGCGACGCAUCACCUUGUACGCAUGCGCACGCACUCAAUCUGCUUACCACAGUUCUGCGAUGUUGCCUGGGCUUAAUCAUCCGAGCCGUCAAUGGGAACAUCGAGACUCAGUACGAGUUACUUCCCAUCGCCUGCGCCUUGGCGUCGAGGGGGGCUCCGCAGAACGAGGAGCUGCCUCGAGCUGCUGGCGGAUUCCUCGGCAGUCUGUGCUUGGCGCACCACUCCAGUGCAGCCUUCGACAGAGGUCUAGAUGUCCUCGAGAAUCUCGCGGACGAGAAGUCGUGGUGGGCGCGCCUCGCGUGCCUUGACUUCGCCCAGCCGCUGCUGUUCUACGCGCUACCUCUCCUAUGUGAUAGACCUGACCGAGCCAUCCGGGCGGAACGUUUCGCCUUAAAGCUAAUGAGAGACUCCAGAGUCGAGGUGCGACAGUCGGCCGCGGAGCUGCUGACAGGGCUGAUGCACUGUCGAGCGCUCCCCGACGAGGACAACACCAUCAAGCUGUUCAAGAGGAGUUGUCGCUCCAAGGAGUUAGUGGAGAGGCACUGUGGGGUGCUAGGUCUGUGCGCGUACCUGUCAUCGCGGCCGUACAGCAUUGGGCCCAAGCUGGGAAACAUUCUGGCGGAGCUGGCCAAGCACACAAGCGCGCCCGAUCCCAUACCUGCCACCAUCCGUAAGGCGCUAGCUGACUUCAGGCGGACGCACCAGGACGAUUGGCCCAAACACCGGGAGCAGCUGACCGAGGAGGAACUAGAUCUGUUAGCGGACUUGACAGCGCCGCCCUCGUAUUGUGCAUAAGGUCUGUUGAAUCGUGCUAUAGGAACCUUGUACAUGU